ACCUUUCAACAAGGAAAACAGCUGGUGGACUCCGGGUCCAACAGCAGUCAAACAGGCAGCGGCAGCCAUCCGCAGUCAUCCUCAUCAACCGCACGCCGAUCUGCGGAGCACAUCGUCCACGGGAUGGAUAACGACAUCACCCAACCUGACCCAUCCCGUCAGCGCAAUGGUGUCGUGGAAGGGCUUUAUGGAGAAUUCACGGACUCGCUCAACGCAAAGGUCAGAUAUUCUGUGAGUUUGACUGAGAGUGCUCUCACUAUUCAAAAGAUCUCGUCACCUGGACAGGAUGAGGUGGUUUUCCAUUUAGCUGACUGUCUUGGCUGCCGGGCUUAUAAAGUGGAGGACGAAGCGGACGUUGGGGCGUUCUUUACAGCCUAUUUCUACCCGUUCAAGAGGCGAUGGAUAAGCACAGGCAUGGCCCGGCAGAAAGUAGAGCAGUGCUUUCGGGUCGCACUGGUCCAGGACCCUCUCACUAAUCUUCAAGAGGCAGAGAGAUGGGCGCGUGCCAUCAGAGAAGCUUCUAUCCGUCAGAUACCCAGACGACAUGAUGUGAAGUACUAUGAGGUACGGCGGCCCUGCAGGGUCAUGGUUCUGGUGAACCCCCAGAGUGGGCGGGGCCAGGCUCUCCAGCUUUUCUCCGGGCAAAUCGAGCCCAUGCUCACCGAGGCUUCAGUCCCCUACACAUUGGUCAUCACUGAGCACCAGAACCAUGCGAGGGACCUGGUGAGAGAGACUGAUCUGUCACAGUGGGACGCUCUGGUCAUCCUGUCAGGAGACGGGCUGCUGUUCGAGGUGUUGAAUGGUCUUCUGGAGAGAGAGGACUGGGAGGAGGCCAUCCAGACCCCACUGGGCAUCUUACCAGGGGGCUCGGGUAACGCCCUGGCAGCCUCCGUCCACCACUACACUAAGUCUCCCCCGGCCUGGGGUAAGGAGCUGCUGCUGAGCUGUGGCUUCCUGCUGUGUAAAGGCCUGGUGACUCGGCUGGACCUGGUCUCUGUCCACCUGGCCUCCAGCCAGCGCAUCUUCUCCUUCCUCUCCCUGGCCUGGGGCUUCGUGGCCGACGUCGACAUCGAGAGCGAGAAGUACCGCCUCGUUGGCCCCAUGCGAUUCCUGGUGGGUACGCUGAUGCGCCUGGCCUCCCUCAAGGUAUAUCAGGGUAGGCUGGCAUACCUGCCUGCUCAUCCCUUCACACCCCAGAACUCCUCCCUCUGCUCCUCUCUACCCUGUGGGCCCAACAGCUCCCCCAAUCAGAACUCUCGCCACAACCACAGCACAAACUCCAACCACAACACCGCCCACAACUCCUCCAACAUUGCCAUCACAACCAUGAGGACCGAGCCCCAACCAGUCAACCAGAAGGGGCCUCCUGACUCGCUCCUAGCAGACCUGGAGCAGCCGGUGCCUGAGCAUUGGACAGUAGUGAAUGAGGAAGACUUUGUACUGGUACUGGCCAUGUUCCAGUCCCACUUGGCUGAGGACCUGUUUGCCGCCCCUGGGGCCGCAGCAGACGACGGCUUCAUCCACCUGUUGUAUGUGCGUGCAGGCAUCUCCAGACUAGCCCUGCUCACACUCUUCAUGACCAUGGAGAAGGGGGGGCACCUGGCUAUUGGCUCCCCACACCUUGUGUAUGAGAGGGUGAAGGCCUUUCGCCUGGAGCCUCUGUCCCCCGAGGGAGCGAUCACUGUGGACGGGGAGAUGGUGGAGUACGGGCCAGUACAGGCCCAGGUUCAUGAAGGAAUCGCCAGGCUCAUCUCAGGCUGAGAAUCUACUCAGAGCGUCUGUCCUCCUCACAGUUCUGACUUCUCGCUCCCUUUCUUACUCUGUCUACUGUAUAUACAAAGUGCCAAAGACAUUAUACCAGCCUUUGGAAAAUCUCCCCUCUUUUUUUCUACAGAUACAUUCAGUAUCUAUCUCUGUGUCCUGUUUUUUAGACAUCCCUCCCUUUCCUCUCCAUGCUUCAUUCAGGGUCAAAGUCAUGCAUGUUCUUGCAGCUGGCUGGUCUCAGCUAAGAGUGUGUGUGUAUGAGAGUGUGUGUAUGAGAGUGUGUUGUGAGCGGUGUGUUUAGUAGGGAGGGGCCCACGGCUGAGGAGUACCUUGUGUGCUCCGCUGUCUGACUUAAUAAGUGUGACACAUGUGAAGAGAAGCACAUUCUUCGGUCCCGCGAGGAUGUGGCAGGCAACCAGCUCUACGCCCGCUAUCUAGCCCCGGGGUAAUGAUUCUGUGGAGGAUGAGACACAGGCCUGACAUGAAGGCCUUCCCCCCUCAGGAUAUACUGUUCGAGUCAUGGAUGUAGGUUUUCUAUGGAGAAGCACAACGUGGGAGAAUGCAGCAUUGUAGACCUCCACCAAUGAUAUUAGGUUACUCUUCUCUCUCAUCAGUGAAAACCUCCACUUUACCUCUAUGUUUAAUGGAUGGGGUGGAAGGGGUUAGGUGCUAGUGAGGUUUUGUUAAAGCAGCCUGGAGGUUCAGGAACCUGGCCAGCUGAGGUUACCUUCUUAUAUAUCUCGUCCUGCUCCUACCCUGCUGCUACUGCAGCUCUAGCCAACAUGCUUCUUGGACCACCUCCUUCCUGACACACACACAAACACACAGGCUUGACACUCCCUUUCAGAUCUGGAGCACUUAGCAAGGAGGGGGAUGGUCUCGUCUGCUACAUAUGAUCCCUUUCUUCUAGCUGUGUUAAGAUUGUACUCCCUCCUCCUUCACAAGAUUUUGGAGCCAUCAGCACCUAAUGUGUCCUUAUUCUGAAGCUUUAUGGGUGAAUGAAAAAUACUAGCUGAUAGAACUACAAGCAGUUGAAGAAGAUACAGCACCAUUGUCGAUUUUUAUGAACGGUUUUAUUGUAGAUAAAAUAAUAUAAAUAUUUCUGUUGUUUUCUGUCCAAGCACACACUAAGAAGGGAAACAGGGUUUUGCACUACGCUGCACUGCAUGGGUCAGUGGGUUUUGCACAUUGACUCGAUCAAUAAGAGUUGGAGCGACCAGGCCAGAGUGCUGUGCUCUCUGCUGGGGCCCUUUUCUUGUCAGGGUGGAGAUGAUGAGCAUUAGUGCACUGGAGCAGAGACAAGCGCAAAUGUGAGCAUUAUCAUCAGUUCUCCUCACACCAGUUCAUGCCAGGUCGGGUUCACCCCAGAGAUAUAACAAUUACUGGUUUAACUAAUCCUAGAGCACACACUUGGUUUGGUUUGACUCAAAAUGUGAUAUGGGUGGAAUGGUUUUAAUACUGUACUGUAUAAUGAAUCUAAAAGGAUGCUUAAAAUGACUCUACCUGAAGGUAUGCUGACUGCAGAUGUGAUUAACUUCUCCCAAUCUGAUUUCAAUCUUCCAUUUCUGUGCCUGUACCUGACUUUGAUAUGCCUUUAGAUAAAUAAAAGUUCAAGUUUUAUUUGUCA